AUGGAAGAGAAGGAGACUCCCUCUAGGGACGAGACGACGUCGAUCCAACCACCACCUACGAAUUUUCCUACCCCUAUUCCCGAAACCAAUUCAUCGACGGGCGUGCAAGACGUACAAGAGGGAGAGAGUCCAGCAAAAAACGACGAUGAGCCACAAUAUCUCGGCCCACGCGCGUUGACUUUCUUUAUGAGCGCAAUCCUGCUCGUUGUCAUCAUCCUCACCCUCGACCAAUCUAUACUCGCUACUGCCACACCCAAGAUAACGGAUCAAUUCCACACAAUUGCCGACAUAGGAUGGUAUGCUGCCGCCUACAUGAUAUGCAACGCCUCAUUGCAACCUUUGACCGGAAAGGUCUAUACAUACUUUCCACUACGUUAUGCCUUCCUCGGUUUCGUCUUUGUGUUCGAGUUAGGCUCUCUCGUGUGUGGUGUCGCUCAGUCAAGCACUAUGCUAAUCGUCGGACGAGCUGUGGCAGGCAUGGGCGCCUCUGGUCUACAAAACGGCGCGCUUACAAUGAUAGCCGUGGCGGCACCACCUUCCCAACGGCCAACGCUGAUGGGCGUAGUCAUGGCCAUGGCCGGGGCCGGGCAACUCUUAGGUCCUCUCAUUGGUGGCGCCCUUACACAACACGCAACGUGGCGUUGGUGCUUCUACUUGAACUUGCCUAUUGGCGGUAUAGUGCUGGUAGUGAUGGCAUGCAUUGAACUGCCGGAAUACAAAAACCGGAAAGCAAGUUGGACGUUUCGCGAUGUCAUCCGUGACUUUGAUAUCACAGGCUUCACGAUUUUCGCUCCAGCCUGUAUCAUGCUUUUGCUCGCCCUCGAAUGGGGCGGUUCAACCUACCCAUGGUCUUCGGCAAGGAUCAUCGGUCUUUUUGUCGGGUCGGCUGGAGCCUUUGUCGCUUUCUUCAUCUGGGAAUACUGGCACGGCGAAAACGCCAUGAUUCCACUGCCGCUCAUGUCCAUGCGCGUGGUGUACAGCAGCAUGUUGGCCUCCUUCUUUCAGUUUGGCGGCCUCCUCAUCUUCUCUUACUACUUGCCUUUAUGGUUCCAAGUUAUCAAACAUGCCAGCCCAACUAUGAGCGCAGUCUACAUCCUCCCGACGUUCAUUUCACAGAUUAUAUCGGCUAUAUUGACCGGGGUACUGAUUUCGCGUAUCGGCUAUGUGGCACCGCCGGCAGUGGUGGGAUCCGGUCUUGCAGCACUAUCAUCAGGGUUAAUGAGCACGUUCAACCUCAACACUGGCACCGGGGUCUGGAUAGGGUACCAGAUCAUCAACGGCGCGGGUCGAGGAAUGGCCAUAACACAACCUAUUCAAGCCGUGCAGAGUGUGGUGAAGCCAGACAUGGUCCCAACCAUCACGGCGUUGAUAGCUUGGGCGCAGACUUUUGGCGGUGCAAUCUUCAUUGGCCUUGCACAGACGGCCUUCAUCAAUCUUCUGAAGAGCUCACUUAACAACCACGCCCCGGGUGUGGAAGCGAGCGCGGUCAUUGCAACUGGGGCAACGGACUAUCUUGCCCACCUGGCCGCACAAGGGGACAUGAAAACGAGGCAUGGAGUUCUCCUGGCCUACAAUGAAGCUAUCACGGAAACAUUCUACCUGGCAUUAGGAUGUACACUUGCUGCAGCCGUAGCCUGCGUGGGUAUUUGGAAGACGAGAGUGGAACGGAAGAAGAAACCGGUCAAGAACGACGUUGAGAGACAGGGUGAAGUGUCGAAGACCGAGAAUGGCGGUGACCUGACCAAGGAGGAGAACUCACGCUGUGGAUCUAACAGCAGCCACAAGUCAGCACGGCCCAGCAACGAGUUGGACGAAGGGGUUGACGCUGACGUUUCCAAGGGAACAGAGCGCUGA